CUUAUCAGAGGUGAAGGGGAAUAAAUUGGGAAGAGGGAAAAAAGUCCCGAAAUCCGAUGGACUCGAGCGCCGCCUGCAGAAGAUACUUGUUCCUGGUCAGAUUUUGGACCGAAACAAGGUUGAUAUCGACCACGAUACGAACGUGAACCUCCUUCGUCUGGCUCUGGCAACAUGGCGACGGCAGCUCAGGUUCGUGUUUGGCUCACCAUCAUCUCCGUCGCGGGCGCGACGAUUCUGCCAACGUACAUCAACGGAGCCCUGACAAUCGCACUGCCCACCAUCGGUUCGCAGAUGGGCGUUGACGAAAAAGAUCUGCAAUGGCCUGUCACCGUUUUCUCGCUCGUCAACGGUGCCUUUCUUCUCGUUGCUGGAGGGCUCGCCGACUCUUUUGGUCGCCGCCUGGUCUUUGUGGCUGGCACGGCCUGGCUACCCGUCUUUACGAUUCCCUUGGCUUUCUGCAAGGAUUCCACAGCCUUCAUCGCCCUUUGUGCCGUCUUGGGUCUGGGCCCAGCUAUGCUCGCACCUGCGGGCACGGGCAUUCUUUCAGAAAGCUUGCCCGACGGCAAGAUUAAAAAUGCCGCCUUUGCAGCACUAGGCGCAGGGCAGCCUGUCGGCUACAUCAUCGGACUUCUGUUUGGAGGUAUAUUCGCCAAGACUCAUGCCAUCAUCUUCUUGAUUGCUGCCGCAGCCGCCGUCGCAUUUGGCGCCAUGGCUCUCUUUUGCCUGCCAAAAGACGGAGAGAAGCUCGUUCCUGAAUCAGCUACGUCUGGGACAUCAAAUAUUCGCAGGGGUGCCCCUCUCUUGGCCUUCGACUGGGUCGGUGCUGCACUGAGUCUCAUCGGCAUCGUCUUGUUCAAUCUUGCUCUUGCCCUCGCCGGGACGUCUCAUCGGGGCUGGGGAGCCGUAACCGUAUUGUCUCUUCUGCCCAUCUCGGCCGCGAUGCUUGCCGCCUUUCUCUACUGGGAGCGUCUCAUUCAGCGCCAGUCUUCCUCGAGCAGUGUGGCGAGGUUGCGGAAGCCUCUGAUCCCGCCUGGUAUCUGGUUCGCCCCUAGCUUCUCCGCUAUUCUCGCUAUCGUUUUUCUCGUCUGGAUGGGCUUCAACGCACUCACCUACUACUGCACCCUCCUCUACCAAGUUGUCCAGCACACGGCACCACUCCAGACGUCAAUUCGCUUCUUGCCAAUGAUCGGCUCAGGUCUCCUUCUCAACAUAAUCGGAGGGAUUGUCGUAGGACGUGUCGAUGCCCUCUAUCUCAUCAUCGCGGGCUCGCUCUGCACCGCAACCAGCUGCGCAAUUUUUGCACUCCAAAAUCCGGCGUGGUCUUAUGCUCGUGCCAUGCUCACCGCCAUGCUUCUGCUACCAGGUCCGGAUAUCUUCUUUCCUGCCGUCCAGAUCUUUGCCUGCAAGACCGUCGGACCCAGACGAGCAGCCCUAGCCGGCAGCCUCUUCAACAUUACCACUCGACUCGCCACCUCGAUUGGCCUCGCGAUCUGCACCUCGAUCCAGGCCGCCGCGACAAAAGGAAGCGUCAUGAGCGGCUACAGGGGUGUGGGCUGGUUCUGUUUCUCAACGUCGGCGCUAGCUAUUCUCGUGGCGCUUGCAACCCUGCGAAAGGUGGGCAUCGUCGGUCGCAUGCAGGAGGGUGAGGUGGAGCAAGAUGAGGCGAGCGGGCGAGACUCCAUUGAACUGCCGAGCUUGUCAAAUGGCCUUGCCGUCAACGGCAACGGCCGUGGUAACGGUCAUGGAUACGGCCACGCAAAUGGCCAUGGGGUGGAAUCAGUCGAUUCCAAGAGAUAGCACUGCAUGUAUACUAUCAAUCGUCACCUGCUACCUUAUUGCUUGUUUUGAUCCC